AUGAUCCACCUCAUGCAAACUGCCAUCUGUACGGUUGAAAACUGGUCAACGCUUACUGGUUUCACGUUUUCAUCGGAGAAAACGAGAGGCAAUCUUUUUUCAAAACUUCGCCCCCCAUCUCCACCUGUCCUCAAGCUGUAUAAUCAAAACAUCGCAUUCCAGGCGACCAUCGAAUAUCUAGGUAUGAUCUUUGACCAGAAGUUGGCGUGGAAAGAUCAUACUCCUUCGCUUAUACAAGAAAGUCACAAAACCUUAGGACUUCUCAAGACUCUAGCUCAUCAUCACUGGGAGAGCGACUCAGAAAUGCUUUUUAGGCUCUACAGAAGUUUGAUUCACUCCAAAAUAGACUACGGCUCUCUCGCAUAUUCCUCUGCUAAAUCAUCUGCGUUGGCUCCCCUAAAUUCUUUACACAAUACUGCUCUACUUGCCGAACCUUCGCUUUUAUUACGUCGUGACUUCCUCUUGCUAUCUUAUAGUUUAAAAAAAGCUGCCGAUGUAGCUCAUCCACUCCAUAAACUCAUCUUUUCCCGACGCUCACAGCUCAUUUUUACUCAAAAAACGUCCCUAUGCUCUCCUGCUUACCAUCGUCUUUCGUUGCUCCUUCACGAGCUGAACUAUUCACUUCCUGUGUUUUUUCCUAAACCGCCCCAAAUUUUCCCUCCUUGGGUUCGCGGCUACCUCCAAUUUACUCUUCAUCUUGGCGAUUCCUCGGUCACCUCUAAUAACGACUGCACAAUUGCUGAGUGCUUUCAGGCCAUCCUGGCAGACAUUCCUGAUUCGUUCAUCAUUUACACGGAUGGCUCAAUGACAACAGAAGGCGUUGGUGCAGCUUAUGCUAUUCCAUCAGGUAAACAACUUUAUCGUCUACCAGUCACUAGCUCCAUCCUAAUAGCGGAACUCGUUGCCAUCUCUGCUGCGGUCCAAGAUGAUUCUUUGCCUAACACGCCACAUCAUAACAUUGUCAUCUGUAUUGACUCCAUGAACUCCUCAAAACUGCUGGGCCAAAUGUAUCCGACCUGCGUUCUAGUACAACAAAUCCACUACCAACUUGCUCUUCUCCACCAAACUGGCAAAGACAUCCAUUUCCUCUGGACUCCAUCUCAUCAAGAUAGUGAUGGUAACGAUCAAUUCGAUGCGGCUGUUAAACUCGCAAUGACCCAUCCAACCUCUACAUUGAUGCCACAUUCUACGGACUCCGAUGUUAAAUUACACCUCAAGGAGCGUCUUUAUCACAACUGGCAAAUCACCUGGAACAGCACUACCUCUCCGGUCAAGAGAAUAAAAUCCUGCAUUACUAAUUGGGUGCACUGCCCUCACUCACGAAGGGAUGAAAUUGUCGUGGCACGUCUUCGACUAGGGCACACCAGACUGGCAACCUCUUUCUAUCUUGUUCAACCUUACAUUACGCACCGAACCAUCCUAGUCUUGGAUCUUACUCUCGAGGGUCUUCUAGCGAACUCUUCUUCAGCAAAAGAUCGAGCACUUAGUUUUCUUAAGGCAACCCAGCUGCACUCACAAAUUUAA